AUGAGCCACAACGCAGUUGUGUUCAGCACGAUCAACUUCGAGGAGCUGCCGCUUCACUUCGAACAUCACUCCACUCAGUCUCUUCGACCAUCAUCAAUCGAAGAUGAAGACGACCCACGAUCAUUGCUGUACCUCUUCGAUGACAACAACUUCGAGCGAGCAGCCGCCUUCCUGGCCAUCGAAGAGGCGCGCCGUCAAGCACAGGCUAGGGCAGAAGUCUUGGCGGAGGCCGAAGCUCAGCAACGCCGACUCCUUCAGCAACAGAGAGCUAGAGCACUCGCUGCUCGUCUCGAACAGCUCCUUGAGGAGGAUGAAGAGCUAAUUGAUAUGCUCGGCAGGCGUAUCCUUGCUACCCGAGGUUAUCAGGUUCCGGACCUCUGGCGACCUCAGCACUACCACCAUUUCUACCAAAGUCACGGUCUACAGUAUUACCACGGCAUGGCCUCCGACAUAUACGGAUCACAGUAUGCUUCAACUUCUGCCCCAAUUGCCGCCAGCACCCCUCGCCGCCCUCGAGCCUCUGACAUUCACACAGCAUGGGAUCACUUUGAGGACCACGCCAGUCUCUCUGACUAUGCUAGAGCAGGCCCUUUCAUCCAUUCAGCACCUCUUAUCCUCCAAGGACAUGCUCCGUAUCCACCACGACUUGCCCAGCCAUCUGCUCUAGCAUCUACACCCCCUCAUGGGCAACUCUACGCUUCGAUAAGUGACGUCCCAAACCAUCCUUAUACAAGGAUUGCCAUUCACCCUCUCACUGGUGUUCCUAUGCUUCUCGUCGAGCAGGACACGGAGGCGGAACGACCUCCACAAGCAGUGCAAGCUUCCUCAAGCAAGGACUUCGAGCCCAGCGGCGCUCGUUCUGAGUCCGACGACGAAGCUGACGACUGGCCCAUCGAAGAUGAGUCCGACCUAGACUGGCUUGGUCGUGAACUGCUGCGCCGUCAAGGUGGCGCAAACGUCUGGAUUCUAGGUACAGAUGACGGCAAAGGCAAAAACGCUCAGCAGCCUCAAUCUAAGUCGAAAUCCCAAGAAACGGCACAGAAAACACUGCCUACCGUCUCGGAACCUACCACGUCAAACCCUCUCAGCACUGCAUCUGCGGUGGCAGCAGGUCUCGCUCAAACUACUAGCUCAACAACACCAACUCUUCCCGUCGAGGUAGAAGAAGUCGACAGCGACCACGAGCUGGCCGGUGCUACUAGCGCACUCGAUACAAGCGGAGACGACGUCGCUUGCAUCUUCAGUAACCCAUCGCAACGUGUUGCUGCCGCGCUUGCACGGGCUGCGUCGGACCGUCACCAUUCCUCUAUUGCCUCGAACACGGAGGCAGACGGCAGCGCUAAGCGUUCAAGUAGACAGAGAGAAGCUACGGUCAUGUCUGAGUCGGAAGAGGAAGAGCUCGAGACUGUUGGUAUUCCUGUCAGCGACGACAAGGAUGGCAAAGGGGAUGAUGCGAGCAGUUUAAAUGACCGGCCUAGAAAGUCGGUGAAGGUGGUCGAUUUGCGCUGA